UAUAGCCACGCUCACAAAUAUACCUAGUUUUGAUCUUAUGUCACGAUUAUUAUAUACAGUCAGCAUAUAACUAGCCAUGCAUUUCUCCGUAUCUGUAGUCAAUAAACAUCCUCUUUCAAUACUUGGAAUUACGUAAAAAACCAGGAAGUUUAUCAGCAAUAAAAAGUGUUCAAUCGUUUAAAUUUAUUGAACACACGAAACUGUUUGGAGUAGAAUAUCUGGAAUAAGAUAACGGUCAUUGCAAUUUAUUAUGCUAAAGACACGCUCUUUUUUGAAGGGAAAGUAAAAAGUUUAGACACGCCAGGAUAAAAACCAAGCAUUUGUGAAGAGGUUCUUUUCAAAUACCUUAGUAUGGCAGGUGAUAAUUACUUGAUGACAGUAGCCAUUGACUUUGGUACGACGUACUCGGGCUAUGCCUUCCAGCUUACUAGCGAUUAUGAUUCUAAAGAUCCGACAAAAAGCAUUUUUUCUCCACAAUCUUGGAAUGACGGCCCGACAAGAUUGGUGUCAAUGAAAACGCCAACGUGCCUUCUCUUAGACAGGAAUCAGGAUAUAGAUUCGUUCGGGUACAUUGCAGAAGACAGAUAUGCUGAUCUGUGUAUGGAUGGUGACAACAAAAACUGGUACUUUUUUAGGAGGUUCAAAAUGCAGCUGCAUGAUACAAACGGACUGAAGAAGACAACAAUGAUAGCUGACGAGAGUGGUAAAGAGUUACCAGCCCUUACAGUUUUCAGUAAAUCCAUUGAAUGCCUGAAAGACCACCUGAUAGAAUUACUGGGAAAAAAAUAUUUCAUACCACAACAAGAUGACAUAAAAUGGGUGUUAACUGUACCUGCUAUAUGGGACGAUACUGCUAAGAGAUUUAUGAGAGAAGCUGCUAAAAUGGCUGAAAUACCACCACAGCAUUUGACCAUUGCACUUGAACCCGAAGCUGCAUCAUUGUUUUGCCAGUACCUCCCAGUAGAGAGAUUCAGUGUUGGAGGACAACUCAAAUUUUCAGAUGCCAAACAAGGGACUACGUACAUGAUUGUUGACCUUGGAGGCGGCACUGCUGAUAUAACAGUUCAUGAGAAGGUUGCAAACGGAAAACUUAAAGAGGUGUAUCGAGCAAGUGGGGGGCCUUGGGGAGGAACAUCAGUAGAUUGUGCCUUUAUUGCUCUUAUCAGUAAGAUAAUUGGUGGUCCUGUCCUUGCAAAAUAUAUGAAGGAAGAGACAUUCGACUAUCUAAAUAUGAUGCGCGAAUUCGAGUCGGUCAAACGUAAUGUCAGCCUGUCCACAACUGAUCACGUCAAGAUGCAGAUACCUGUCGCUCUGAAUGAGAUAUGCAACAAAUAUAGGCAUAAAGAUUUCAAAAUGCUCGUAAAGGAUGCCAACGAGGAUAAAAAUAUUUCGUUUCUUGGCGAGAAAGCAAAGUUCAAGCCAGCUCUGAUGCAGGCUUUGUUUAGGAAAGCGACAGACAAGAUCGUAAGCCACAUGAAGAAGAUACUUGAUACAACACAAGCUGGUCAGAAGGUAUCUCUAAUUCUUAUGGUUGGAGGCUUCUCAGAAUCAGCGUAUGUACAAGAUGUUAUAAAAAAGGAGUUCCAUGACACGAAUGGCCGAAAGGUUCUCGUGCCAAAAGAUGCAGGUAUUUCUGUGGUGCAAGGUGCUGUUGUUUAUGGACAACAACCAGGCAACAUCACAUCCCGCAUUCUUCGUUAUUCUUACGGUGUUGCAAUCAGUCCCAAAUUUGAUGAAGCUAAAUAUGACAAAAGAAAGAUGAAAACAUAUGCUGGCGUAAGUAGAUGCGACGAUGUUUUCUCUAAAUUCAUUGACAUAGGUACAGAGGUUGAAGUUGGCCAUCAUGUUAAAAAAACGUACGACACUGUAGAACCUUCAGCAACAUCAUGCGCCUUCCGUGUAUUCUUUUCAACAGCUGAAGACCCGCUGUAUACUGAUGAUGAUACAUGUCAACCUUUGGGACGGCUUGAUGUUGAGUACGCUAAUCCCAAGAAAAAGAUUUUAAGCAUUGAGGUUGACUAUAUUUUUGGAGACACCGAACUGAGUAUUAAAGCAAUGGAAACAGAGAGUAAAAAUACGUGCCAAACAAAGCUUACGAUGCUUGAGUAAAACUAUCAAUAUGUUGGUUGUAACAAUGACAUCGAUGUCCUUUAUGCCAGAAAACUGUUUACAUAUGUGUACUACUGAAACGUAUAGACCCGUCUGAAAAUUCAAUUCCAGUAUAUAUAAAUACAUAAUGUGAAGUCAUUUGAAAAGUCAUAUUCGUGUACAACGAGGUGUAGUUUUCAUUACAAAAACAGACAAUUAUACAUAAAGUUUGAUACAUU